AUGAAAAUAUCUGGAACAGUUGGUGUUGGAGUUGAUAGAAAUGGAGGUGAUGAGGAGAAUGGAUCAAUGGGUGGCGGCAGCACCGGAAGCUGCGGUGGCAACUCCGUUGGUGGUGUCCAAAACGUGGGGACAAGUGGCGGCGGAAGUAGAAAGGUGUCUGGAGGAGAAGGGUUGGUGAUGAAGGGGUUUGGAGGUGAUAGCCAUGGAAAUGAUGGUUGUGUGGGAGGAUCAAAGGCAAUUGGCAUUGGAGGUGGAAUUACUAGCGGUGGUAGUGUGGGGAAUGGCAACGGUGGCGGCGGCGAUGGGACUAGCGGUGGAGCCGGUGGUAAUGGUAGUGGUGGGGAUGGUGUUGGUGAUGGAGUUGGUAAUGGACAACAAGGCUUAGGGGGUGGUGAUGAUGGCGGCAAUGAUGGAGGUGGCGAUGGCGGCAAUGGUGGCAGUGGAGAAGGUGGUAAUGGUGGUGGAAAAUAUUGGACUAUUGGUGGUGGUGGUGGUGGUGGUGGUGGAGGUGUGAUUCUUGGUGUGUAA